GUGGUUCCGGGGCUGCGUUCGAAGUGCGCGAAGUUUGUUAGCAAGUAGGAAGUCAUUCGAAUUGAAAGUUCAAGCCAGCAGUCUCAAGAAACAGCCGGGCACACACGUGAAUUACCCUCGUGCCGCUAGCACUUCUCGUGGCUCUCGCCUGACGACAUCGUCCAAGGAGCAGGUGGUUCCCGGUCACUCAAAUCAUGGCGAAUACAUCUGGCAAACCUAUCGAAGGGGAGAAAGAAGAUCUGAAUGAUCAUGAAGUCCUCAACACAUUGUACCUGGAAGCAUCAAAGACACAGGCACAAAUGCACGAACUUCAAGCUCUUCAGGAAUUUAAAUACCUCAAACCAAGUGAAAUAGAAAAACAAAAGGACAAGAUGGACGCUGCAGUGAAUAAACUGGCAGCACUGGAAAAGCAGUUGAAGGAGAGGCAGGAGCAAGAAGGCACAGACAUUGUAGUUAAUAAGAAGUGGGCCAAAGAUUGCAAGUCGUUGGCAUUGCUUGUGCGUGACAUCGUUGAGUGCGAAAAAGCUCCUAUUGCCAGUAGCGGGAGCUCAAACCCUAAAGACCUCGAGGACCUGAUGCGAGAGCAGAAUGAGCGUCUGAGCCGCGCAGCAGAUGCCAUUGACGCAGACAUCAAAGAGUUGCAACAACGUAUCGAGCGCCUGGGAAGCUAAAUGGACUGUAUACAGUAGAACAUCACAAAAAGAAAAAAAAAUUGCUUUCACAAAAAUUUUGUUGUGAAUUGAGACAGCACAUACAGGGAAUGUGUCGCAGCAAUAAACUUCACUGUCAAAAUUCCUA